AUGACGAGUAACGCGCCAUCAUCGUCGUCGACGAAACCACCACGGCCUAGGUCUCCGCAUUUUCCGCCCCACAAUGCUCCGCGCGUCUGGUUCAUUACUAGAGGAGCGUCGCCUAUAGCUAUUGCAUUAGCACGACAAGUGCUUGAGCAUGGCGAUUACGUUGUCGCAGGCGUUAUGCCGAUUGAAUUUGAGAAGAGAGAAGGCCAAAGUGAAGACUUUCGAACGUUUCUUGAAGAUGUGAAGCAGACCGACCGGUGGCGGGAGCAUCUGAGAGUAGUCGGAUUGGACAGCAGGGUAGUUGGUCAAUGCCAAGCAGCGGUUGCUGAGGCUGUUGAAGCAUUCGGGCGAAUCGACGUUUUGCUAUGCGCGGCGAGCGAAGCCGUGAUCGGUUCGGUUGAAGAACUCGCUCAAACUAGCCGAACAAGAAGCCUGGUCGAUGAGAUCUUCGAGAUCAACUUCUUCGCAAACGUCAACAUCAUCAAAGCCGUACUUCCAAUCAUGCGCGAGCGAAAGAACGGACACAUCAUUGUCAUAACAGGAAUUACUGGUCAUCUCGGAACCCCAGGCCUAGGGAUGUACUGCUCCUCACAAUGGGCAGUCGAAGGAUACUGUGACAGCCUCGCCUACGAAAUCGCCCCCUUCAACGUGAAAAUGUCCCUAGUCCAAGCCAACAUGGAAGUCAACGUUCUCACGAACCGGAUAACAUCCGUUCCGCCCAUGUCCGAAUACCUCCAAGGCGAGAACCCCGCGCCCCUAGCCCGGGAAAUCUUCUCUGGCCUUCUCGACAAGCUAGAAAGAAUCGACAACCCCACAGCCCAUCCUGUGUUCGACGAAAACGCCACCAAGUCGCCUGGAGACGAAAGUGUCGUUUCGGACGCUAACCCGGAUGCGGAACCGACCAUGGGUGAUUUACUGAGCUCAGAUACGGUGACGAGUUUGUAUGCGCCGCUACCAGUGGCGGUGAAGAGUGAUUUGAUUGCGGAGACAGUACAUGCGCUUACGGCUAUUGGCGGGCACGAUAAUCCUCCUGCACGCCAUAUCGUGGGAUCAGAAGGUGUCACCGCUGUGAAGGAGAAGCUGAAGACUACGAGUGAAGAGUUGGAGGAUUUUAUUGAAGUUAGUGGCGCUGUGGACAUUAUGCACAGGGACGGUGAGGCGAUGAUGGGUAUAGGCAUGGAUCAUGUGAUGAUGUAA